AUGCGGAGCAGUUGUGUCGGGGUCUGGUGCUUUGAUGAGCAGUUCUUGGUAUCCUUCCGUUUUGAUCCGAGGGUUUGCCAGCAGAGUCCACCCAAUUAUGAUGAAUUAGACACCCCGUACAUAAUGGCGACGGAAGUCAAUCAAACUUAUUUUUCGUGGUCACAAGGAGAACCAACUGAACGGGAUGGUCCUCAAGGAGUAUCUGUAUCGACACUUGAUCAUGGUUCCAUUUCCUUCGGAAGAUUUGAGUUAGAGUCACUAUCGUGGGAGAAGUGGUCUGUAUUUACUAAUGACAGACGCAAUGAAGAAUUUGGAAAAUUCAAUGGUUUAGUCGCUCAGAAAAAGGCUUAUUUUGAAGAGUAUUACAAGAAGAUCAGGGAACUAAAGGCUUCACAGCAGCAAAACCAGCAAACUGAACUUAUUCUGGAAUACAGUGGUGAUGGUAGUGACUCUAGCCAGACAGCAGAAGAUGAGCAGGGUGCUGAUCUUGAAACUCCCACUGGAUCUGGAGCUGCUGUGGAUGUUUAUGUGGAAGAAGCUCUGCAUGAAACUACGUCAGAGCACGGACUGCAGUGCUAUAAUGACCAAGGAAACGAAAACUUCGAUACAGAACUUUCCUCAUCCAAUCUUUCUUCAUCAGGUGUUCUGCAGCAAACUGAGCAUGAUGUUAGAGGAACUGUUCGUUGUUACAGUUCUACCAGUAAAAUGGAUGCAGGGAAGCAGAAUGCCGGUUCUGUUCAUGGUGAUACUAGAACAACAUAUGAAGCUGCAAGGACUCCUAGAAGAAUUAUUGAGAAAGACUCCAGGCUCAGACACAGUCCCAAGAUAAUACCGAAAUCCAUCAAAACCCUUUCAAAAAGUGCUAUGGACUACACAUUUGCUAGUGAGAGGCCUGGUUCAGUGAAGCCCAAUACAAGUAUGAACCAGAAGGCUAAGCCGGUGCAAAGGCCAAAUGCAGCAGCCCAGAAGAUGUUUGGCCCUACAGAAGGGAAGAAGCUUACAGGUUUCAGAAGACCUUCCUCAGCAGGUGCGCAACGGCCCUCUACUGGAGAGCAACAUGCCAUUGCCAGGGAGAAUUCACAAUUGCCUGCAGUUGUUUCCACCCCACGACGACCUUCCACUGCUGAGAGACGCCCAGUCACCCGAGAUCGUGCACAGAAGCAAGCCAAUGUCACCACACCACGUCGACCUUCUACUUCUGAAAGACUCCCUGUCAAAAGAGAGAAUGCAGCAAAGCAUAGUGAUAUUUCCGCUGUACGUCGACCCUCAACAGGAGAGAGGCGUGCUAUUACUAGAGAUAGUGUUCUGAGAAUGGAUGUGAAGACGCCUAGUAAGGCAAGAGCACCUGUGGCUCAUCCGAAGGGUGAAACAACUACAGUGGGCAACAUGAAAAAGGCUGUCACUCCAAAUGCUGCUAGAAGUGGCAAGAUGGAAACAAAAAGCAAUAACAACAGACUGAAGGGACCUUCAGUAUUGGAUAGCCACUCUACUAGGUCAAAAAGAAUGGACUUGCAAGUGUCUGGCAAGCAGAAAUCGAGUUUUGUUAACCUUCCUCCAAGGAAAAUUUUCAGUUCUACUGCCAGAGAACCAGCAGUUGAAACCAUUUCUAGGUCAAAAAAGAAAGAGGGCGUUCAGGCGACAGUGCAAUCUCGAGCAUCCACUUCAAAGAGAACAACUCCUUUGCAGACUGGAAACUUAAAGACGAGGGCUCCAAAUCCACCAGCACCGCCCGCACCACCUCCACCACGUCGGACAUCACGAACGAUGAGCAAACCAACUGCCAGUGCCUCAUCGAUUGGUGGAAGAAAGACAAAGAUGGAAAUUUCGCUGUGUGAUGAAAUGAAAGGAGGCACCCCCAGGGGCCAGGCCCAGUUGAUGUUCAGUGGGCAGGGAGAUCUGGCUGUUUGGAAGCUCAAAAUGCUCAAUGGGCAGGUGGCUGAGGCUACGACAUUCCUGUGUCGCAAACUGCCAGAAGCCCAGAACCAGACAGCACAGCCGAACGGUGUUGGCCCCGUCCCCUUCACGCUUGGCAUUUGGCAGGAACAGGGAAGGCCUCCCGCGUGUACAGGCAGCACAGCCGAGCCGACAGGGCACGACCGGGGAGCGUCAGGGCAGGGGCGGAGAGGAGCGACGAGCAGCGCUUUCCGAUCAGAAAAGAUGCGGGCGGGAUCUGAGCGCAGGCCAUGUGCAUCCCGCGUGCGGCGUGCAGUGCAGGCGGUACGAGGUUGGGGUCGGUCGUCUCCCCAGGACCGCACCGCACGGCGGAGCGAAGGCAUCCAAUGA